AGGGGCCCGAACUGAAUCAUCUAUACGAGAGCGACUCUGGAUUUCAUUCCAUUUAAUAAUAUCUCACCUACUUCUCACACAUUUUAGGUUUUCAGAGAACUUCACGUGAACAGACCUUUUAUUCGGAACAUUAUGAAAGGUUCUAACACUUCCUUGUCAUUCGUCGGAUCCUCUGUUGAAGUGAUUUAUUAGGAUUCACUCUGAUCGUCCGUACAAAUAAAGAGCAUCUUCUCCUCUUUGGGGCUUACAUCAGGCAGAGAGAAAGGAGCAUCGAAGACUUUCAGCUGAACUGAAGCUGAAUAUGCCACGGAGCCCCACGUCCAGCGAGGAUGAGAUGGCUCAGAGUUGUUCAGAAUAUUCUCAGGAAUCCAGCUCAGAAAGUUCAAAAGAGGAGGCCAUCUACGAGACGAUCAGGACAGAGCGGCCGGUCAGCCGCAUGACGGACGUCCAGAGCCACUCGCUGGUCAUUAGAGUAACCAUCCCAGACCUGCAGCAGACCAAGUGUGUGAGGUUUAACCCCAGUGCCACAGUGUGGGUGGCUAAACAGCGUCUGCUGUGUACUCUGAGUCAGAAUCUGAAGGAUGUGUUGAACUAUGGCCUCUUCCAGCCGGCCAGCGACGACAGCAACGGUGCUUUCUUGGAUGAAGAGCGUCUCGUCGGUGAAUAUCCACAGCUGGCAUGUGAGAGCACCCCACUGGAGUUUCGCUACAAGACCAGACUGUACGAUCAGCCCGGUGUGGAUGAGAAGCAGAUUGCAAGAUUUCACACAAAGGCCAAUUUGAGGAGGUUCAUAGAUUACAUCCAACUUCAUCAGCUGGAGAAGCUCUCCAAAAUGCUUGACCGAGGCUUGGACCCCAAUUACCAUGACAUGGACACCGGAGAGACGCCACUCACCUUUGCGGCCCAGCUGGAGAAUACGGUGGAGUUUAUUAAAGCCCUGAGGAACGGAGGAGCUCAUCUGGACUUCAGGGCCAAAGACGGCAUGACAGCGCUCCAUAAAGCAGCUUGCUCUAAAAACCAGGCCACGCUCAAGACACUGCUGGAGCUCGGGGCGUCUCCGAACUAUAAAGACAGUCGUGGUCUGACAGCGCUGUAUCACACGGCCGUGCUGGGAGGAGACACAGACUGCUGCGAGCUUCUUCUGAAUGAGAACGCCUCCGUCUGCUGCCAGGACGAGAACGGCUGGCAUGAGAUCCACCAGGCUUGUCGACAUGGUCACGUGCAGCACCUCGAGCACUUGUUGUUUUACGGGGCAGAUAUGAGCGCUCAGAACGCCUCGGGAAACACGGCGCUGCACAUCUGUGCUCUCUACAACCAGGAGAAGUGCGCUCACGUGCUGCUGGUCAGAGGAGCUGACAAAGAGCUGAAGAACUGCAAUAAUCAGACUCCAUUCCAGGUGGCCAUAAUCUCUGGGAACUUCGAGUUGGCGGAGCUGAUAAAGAAGCACAGAGAAAGUGACAUAGUGCGGUUCCCCGAGGUCCCGCUGAGCUCCAGACAGCGAGGGAAGAACAGUGUUCCUGUGUCUCGAGGGCUGCUGCGCUCCAACAGUGAACUGAACCUGGUGACGCGAGCCGUGAGUCCGGAGCUCAGUCUGUCCCCGCAGAAGACACCGAGAGACCCGAGCGCACGGGGGCAGAUGACGGGCCGCAGCACCAGGACCGUCCCGAGCAGCCAUUCCCUGUCCAUCAGUCUGGAGGACGAGCAGAGCGCGCCGCAGAAGUGUGUCAACAGCCGGCCGUGCGGCCAGAGCUCCAGGAGGAAGCUGUACAGCGCUGUUCCCGGACGCCACUUCGUCGUCGUUCGCUCACACCAACCUCAAGCUGGCGGAGAACUCACCCUGCACAAGAAUGACAGGGUCAGGUCAGUGAUGUGAAUAUACCAUGUCUCCUGUCAGCUGUCCAUGUUCCUGACUCUUGCUUGUGGUCCAGUUCUGAGCGUUGGUGAAGGGGGAUACUGGGAGGGCUGCUGUCGAGGACAGGUGGGCUGGUUCCCCGCCAGGUGUGUGGAAGAGAUUCCUGUCAAACCUGACAAAGAGAGGCCAAAGAGCAGGAUGGAGCGCAACGACAGGAAAAAACUCUUCAGACAUUUCACUGUUGGUUCCUAUGACAGCAUUGACAGCGACUGUGUGACCGAGCAGAAAACAGUGGUUUUACACAAGCAGGAGAAUGAAGGCUUCGGGUUCGUGCUGCGAGGAGCUAAAGCAGACACACCCAUCGAGGAGUUCAUCCCAACUUCUGCGUUCCCGGCGCUGCAGUACCUGGAGUCUGUGGACGAGGGCGGAGGAGCCUGGCAGAUGGGGCUCCGCUCCGGAGACUUCCUCAUCGAGGUCAACCAUCAGAAUGUGGUGAAGAUGGGACACCGGCAGGUCGUAAACAUGAUUAAACAUGGAGGAAACCGACUCGUCCUCAAAGUGGUGACGGUCAGCAGGAAUCUCGAACAAGACAACAAAACCCAUAAAAAAGCUCCUCCUCCGCCCAAGAGAGCCCCAACAACUGCACUUUCAAUGCGAUCCAAGUCCAUGACAUCUGAACUAGAAGAAUUAGAUAAAGUUGAAGAGACCGUACAGCCACAGAAGCUUGUGCAUGAAAAAGCAUCAUUGGAUAAAGUUGCUACAAUCAAGCCCCGCCCCUUGAGUCGCUUUGUGGCCACACCCAUGGAUUUUAAUCUGUCCACGUCUGAAAGGCCAGGAGUUGCUGUAGUCCCCCCUAGUGUUCCUGGAAGAUCCCAUGGAAGUUAUGUUCGUGUGCCAAAAAGCUGUCUGAGAAGACAAAAGUCCAUUGGAAUUGCAGGAGAAGAAAAGAAGCUCCUGAUACCUCCACUACUCAAGUUCACCAGAAGUCUCUCUAUGCCUGACACAUCUGAGGAUAUUCCCCCACCUCCAGGUGUCUCUCCUCCAUCCCCACCUUACAACCUCAGUACUCCUGUUGUGCAAGGAUAUGAGCCCAACCAGCCCAUUUACACACAGAACUCAACAGGCAGAUGCCACACUAUAGACAGAGAUCUAGUCGGGUACAAUCGUCAGAACUUUGAACAAUAUGAAUGUCAAACUCCUUCAGCUGCCCAGCAAAACAUGUGUUCCCAUAACAGGGCCCAUGUGCCAGAGAACCCAUAUUCAGACAUAGUGGGCAAAACUUUGUAUAUCCCACCAAAACCAGCUCGUAGGAAGGGUAUAUUGGUAAAGCAGCCAAAUGUUGAGGAUAGCCCUGAGAAAACAUGUUCAAUCCCAAUACCAACCAUUAUUGUCAAAGAGCCUUCAACUAGCAGUAGUGGCAAAAGCAGCCGAGGAAGUAGCAUGGAAAUUGAGACUAGCACCUCUGAGCAGCCAGGCCAACUACGGCCAGACGGCAGUGUCAUAAAGAGCAACCCAUUUGCAGCUGCUAUUGCAGGCGCAGUACGUGACCGUGAGAAGCGUCUUGAAUUACGCAAAAACUCCCCAGCCUUCCUAUCGAUGGAUCUCGGAGAUGAGGAUCCAUUUAUCCCAACCCCUCGUUUACGCCAGUCCAUGUCCAUAGAUGAAGGCAUGUUUGCCAAUGAUAAGAGUUUACAAAAGCUUAUGGCUCCACCGGCUUCUUUAUUAGGGCUACAGCAAAUUGGAAGCAGAGGCAACAUGACUGACUUUACCUUCCCAGAACCAACAACUGAGCCCCUCACAACACGCUCCGGGAGCUGCCCCAAUACAGAUGCUCCCAUUAGUCUUGAUGGAGAUUUCCAAAACCAGACAUUAGGAAAGAUUCGUGAUAUUUGUCCACCCUUGGCUCUGGGUCUAGCUGCAAGUAAUAGAGCUCUGAAGGAGCACGUGCAACCCCCUCUUCCUCCACCUAAAGGAGAAUCUCACAGAGCAAACCUCAACCAGCCACUCUUCAUAGACACCAAGCUACGAUCAAAUAUUGAAGCCAACUUUGUUGCCACAGCUGCAGUGAGUCAAGCAAAGGAUUGUGGGGGUUUGUUUAGACACACAAGAGAGUGUAAUCACGAAACAGAAAAGGCAAAGGAAAGUAAUCCAUCUGAGCAGUCAAAGAACUCCAACAACACAUCACAACAGCAGUCAGCAGGGCUCCUCAUGGUCCAAACACUAGAUAAGGCCAAGCCACAAGUAAACAUUCAGCCUGAUAGAUUAGAACAAGAAGAGUCCCCAGAAAUGGACAGUGCACCCAUUGAGUCCAACGUCAAACUGACAGCCCCCAACUCGCGCCCACCUCAUACAAGGAACUUUGUCACCUCUGAGAAGGAGCCUGUCAAGUUUCCCUGUACCAUUCCUCCUCCCGCAAUGACCUCGGUGGAUAUUGAUGUGGAGUUUGACUUAGCUGAACCCUUGCCUCCACCUCUGGAGUUUGCCAAUAGCAUUGAUGUUCCUGAGGACCAGUUAGCAAAAAUUCUCAUGCAGAAAAAUAAUAACACAAUAGGACCCAUGUCUGUUUAUCAUUCACAAGUUUCUACAACUGACAGUGUGGAGUCCAAGUGUCUUUCAGGGCUUGUAAACUGCAAAACUCCUCUCGCCUACCCUCCACCACCUCCAGAAAUGUUUGAGCCCGUCACAGACUCAGGCAUUGAGGAAUCUGACAGUCGGAACAAUGGAGACCAUCAUUUUGAGGCCAACAGUACAAUUUCCACAGUGUCCAGUAUGUCUACUCUUUCAUCAGAGGGAAUUGAUGAAACAUGUAUAUACUAUGCAGAUGGGCAGACUCUUUUGGUGGACCGACCACCUGUUCCACCAAAGCCAAAAACAAAGCUCACAAUCAACAAAAGCAAUGCACUUUACAGGGACCCCUUGCACGAUAGGAUACAAGAGAGCAUAGAGUCCUUCGGACAGCCACGAACAGCCCCCCUGCCACCCCUGGGUUGUGAAGCACAAUCUGAACUUCGCAAAAAACUUGCUCAGCGAGGUACUAAACUCUGGGACCACCAUGAGCUCCCAAACCCAAUCUUACCCAAUGCAGGUCCUAAAUCCAAUGUGAUCAAUGAGCUUAGCUCCAAACUUCAGCAUAUAAACAAGGAAAGAUUUCCAACACAGGGAGGGUCACCGCCUGCAGGGUCCAGAGGCAUUGGAUCAAGAGAGUGGACAGCCUCGGGUACCAAACGCAGCAACACUGUUCCCUCCAUAACCCAGAGCCACUUGCCCCACCAGGCUUCCAGUCCAGCCUCUCUUCCUCCUGAACCUGGGCAUAGCUCUUCUCUCCUAGGCUCUGCUUCCUCCCCCACAUUAACAGAUGUGUUUAGCCUUCCAUCUCCACCCAUGGUGAAUGCAGAGCAAUGCUACAGCCUCAGCUCAGUCAGCAGUCAGUCACCGUCCCCUCUCACGCUGUUUCAGGCUUCAGAUAAGCCCUUUGUCGACAAACCUAUCCUACUCUGGACCAAGCACGAUGUAGUCGACUGGCUUGAAAGCCUGAACUUGCAGGAACACAAGAAGGCCUUCUUGGACAAUGAAAUCGACGGCACCCACCUUCCCAACCUCCAAAAGGAAGACCUUGUAGACUUGGGUGUUACUCGUGUUGGCCACCGGAUGAACAUUGAAAGGGGUCUCAAACUUCUCAUGGACAGAUAAAAGGGGGCAUAC